UCGAUGCCGAAAAUUUCCAGACGCAUGCGCUACCCAGUUUUUCUGUUCUACCUCGACGCUGCGGUAGUGUUGCGGCUAAAUUGUAUUUCAGUUAAAUUUUGAGUCUCAUUUUUUUUUUCUCAUUCAUUACUACACAAAAAAAAAUAUGGCUCUUCCUAGGACCUACUUCGACAUGAGCGCUGACGGUGAACCACUUGGUCGAAUCGUAUUUGAACUGCGGUCUGAUGUAGUUCCGAAGACUGCUGAAAAUUUCAGAGCUUUAUGUACAGGAGAGAAGGGUAUUGGCUACAAAGGUAGCAUUUUUCACAGAGUGAUCCCCAACUUCAUGUGCCAAGCUGGAGAUUUCACUCAUCACAAUGGUACCGGUGGUCGAUCUAUAUAUGGUGACAGAUUUGAGGAUGAAAAUUUUAGCCUCAAGCAUACGGGACCAGGUGUGCUAUCAAUGGCAAAUGCUGGACCAAACACAAAUGGAUCCCAAUUCUUCAUUACCACAGUUAAGACCAGUUGGCUGGACGGCAAACAUGUUGUUUUUGGCCAAGUAGUAGAAGGAAUGGAUGUUGUAAAAAAAAUUGAGAGUUAUGGCAGUCAGAGUGGAAAGACUACCAAGACAAUCACUGUUGCUGAUUCUGGUCAGUUGUAGGCCGCGAUUCACUCCAAAUGCGACCUUCAUUCCAUGUCUUCUUUUAAAGCAUAAAAUAAUUCAAUGGUCAAGUACGACUUUUGGAAACUUUUUGCAUUAUUUUUUGCUACAAUUUCCUUCUUCUUUAUUUGUACUAAAAUGUGGAUUUUUUUAAUUAGAAAAGUUCAUGUUAGAAUUGAUUCUUUGAGGAAUUGCCAUACUAGAUAUUCUAGUAUACUUCCUUAACUGCUUGUAAAAUUUAAAAUGAAUUUAUGCAUAUUGGCUACUUCUGUACCAUUUCCCAUAGUUUAGUGACUUGUGACCUGAAAUAAAAAUAAUAUGUGUGAA